AUGGUCAAGAGAAAAGAUAAAGAUACAACAACAAAGACGACUGAUGCAAUUCCAACAACAUCGUCGUCAUCGUCGUCGACUGCUGAUACAACAGCAACUACUACAAACAAGGAGAAGAAUGGAGUACUAAGUGCAAAAAAGAUGAGAGGGUAUAAGAGAAUGUUUCAGGCAUUUGCCAAUGAUGAUAUAGAAACUAAUCAAAAAUUAUCAGAGACAUGGGACUUGUAUCAGAGAUAUGGACAACAGGAGAUUGGAGACAUUAGUAACCCGUCGUUAGAAUAUUUAAAUGAAAUACAAAAAGGUGUCUCUUUUAAAUUGGUCGAGAGAUAUAAAUCAAAGUAUCAAAAGAAUCAAAAGGUUACGUCAACCAUCGACCAUAAAAUGAGACAAGUGUAUGACAGUGAACAACUUGUUGGUGGCGACAAUAACAACAAUAACACUAAUCAAACAACAAACAAAAAAAGAAAAUCAAGAAACGACAAUGAAAGUGAUGACGAAGAUGAGGAAGAAGAAGAAGAAGAAGAAGUACAAAGUGAUGAUAGUCAAGAAGAUGAAAGCGAACAAGAGUAUAGGAGUAGUAGUAGUAGUAGUGAUGAAGAUUCAUCUGAUGAUGAUGAAGAAGAUCGAAAUAGUCGAAAAACAACCAUAUCAACAACAAAUAAUAAUAAUAAUAAUAAUGACAACUCUCAACUCAUUCCAACGAUUGAUGAAUACGUUGAAAGGGAGAGAUACAAUAGAUACCCAUUAAGUAGAGUCAGCCUAUACUCUAGAAAUGUUGAAAGAAAGUGUGGUCCUGAAAUAUUAAUGGCACUUGUUGGACACAAAAAGUUUUAUCAGAGCAGCAGAUGGAAAAAACGAGAAGCUAUGAAAAGAAAAGAAGAGGGAGAGGAAGAAACCAAGAAGAAGAGGAAAUACUUAUAA